CCCUGGCUCCUUUGCCCCCCAAAUCAGCUGGAGGAGACAGCACAGCUCAAUGAGCACGUGAAGGUCCUGGCCUUUCAGAGGCAGGACACGGAUGUUCCCACCGGCACCGAGUGCGAGGUGGCUGGCUGGGGCGAAAUGAACCACAACGGGAAGCUGCCUGACAAACUGCAGCAGGUGGAGCGGCCGGUGAUCAGCCGGGAGACCUGCAACGGCAGGGGCUAACCCGACUCCCGGAGGAAGGACACCUGCCCGGNAGAUUCGGGCGGGCCGCUGGUUUGCAAUGGGAUCGCCGAGGGGGUGGUCUCCGCCGGCUCCCGAGUCUGCGGGAACUACAAGAAGCCGGGAAUCUACACCCGCAUCGCGCCUUACGUCGACUGGAUCGACAGCGUCAUGGCUGCAGCUAACUGAGGGCAGGCGGUCAGCCCAGGCGUGGAAGGGACUGGCCGCACGGCCCUCGUGGCAGGGGCACACGGCAGACGCAAUGUGAUUUCCCUAGGGCAGGGCCGAUAACGCCCAGACUUCAAUGUAACCGGACACUGGGGGCUUCCAGGGCAGACCUGGCCCCUCCUGCUUCCAGCUCACCUCGCUAUUAACCUCACUGCAGUCCCCCCGCAAGCAGCACCCCGGAGAGGGGACGAGACCCCCCUGCCAGCUGGCUGCCCGGCUCCUUCCACUCACGCAAGUGCUGCUCCUGGAAACCUCCCUGCCCAGCAAUCCCGUCUGGUCUGCCGGGGGAGCGGCGGGCUGGUGGGAGCAGAGGUUGGUUACCCCACAGGCUGGGGCUCCAGGCUGGAUUUCAGGUGGCAUCUUGUGAACUUGUGUCCUCCCCGUGCGAGCCACCUCCGGUGCAAACCUGAGCGCGUGUAUUGCAAUAAAGGAGCAGGUUGUAACCGUC